AUGGACAACAGUUGGAUGACGAUAAAUAAUAGGCUGACAAGUAAAGAGUAUCAACAAGGGGUGAAGUCAUUCCUUGAUUUUGCUACGGCAAAUUUAGGCGUAGAGGAUGAAAUUAGGUGUCCGUGUGUCGAUUGCAUUAAUGGCACAAAAUAUAGCAGACUAGUUAUGUGGAUGCACUUGAUCCGAAGAGGAAUGGCAUCUUCGUAUAUAACUUGGGUGCAUCACGGGGAACAUGUUCCCGUGUCUCAUCCUAGUGUAUCAAAUGACCAAUGUGGAGGUAGUGGCGAAUGUAUGACAGAUAUCGAUGAUCCGUCCAUGGAUGAAUUGCCUAUUAUGUUGGAAGAAAUUUACGUGAGUGGUCUUAUAGAUGAUCAUACCGACGAGGAACCUAAUGGUUUGGAGAGGGAGGAUUUGCAUAAGUUCACUAGGUUGUUCAAAGAUGCACAACGCAAAGUUUACCCGACACGUGAAAAGUUUUCUGUAUUAUCAUUCGUCAUUAAAAUGCUUUAUGUGAAGGUGUACAACAAAUGGAGCAACAAGUCAUUCGAUAUGGUUAUGCAAGUAUUCAAGGACAUUCUACCAGAAUGUGAUCAAACAGUUCCAUGGACACUUUAUGAUGCUAAGAAGUUCUUACGUGACUUGGGUUUGGGAUAUGAAACAAUUCAUUCGUGCAAGAAUGAUUGUGCUCUAUUUUGGAAGGAGAAUGCUAAUUUGAAGAAAUGCCCUACAUGUGACGCGUGUAGAUUCAAGUUGAACAAUGAUGGUGGUAAAAAGAUUCCACACAGGGUAUUGCGGCACUUUCCUUUGACACCGAGGUUGAAAAGAUUGUAUAUGUCCAAAAAAACAGCAGCAGAUAUGAGAUGA